UACAUAAGAAUGAGGAACUAAAGGCGAUGAGGGAAGAAAAACGGCUCGCGUUAGAUCCCAGAACUCGGGAGUAGACUCUACGAGACGUGAAGUCAUUUACCUAUUCCCGACGAGUCUUGGAAUCUAAUGCUUACCGAUGAAAUACCUACAGGGGGCGUUCCCCGCCCCCAAAACAAGAAGGCACCUGGCGAAAUCACUACCGAACGAACUGAAACACACAAACAGAGGGAUGUCGCAGUCUGUAGGCCGGCCUCCCUCUGUAUCCUCCAUCAGUUCCAUCUCUCUGGUGGAGAUCAAGGCUGACACCCGCCUAGUCCUCCAAGCCUUCCUCCAUAGAACCCUCACUCUUCCCCUGAAAGACAGGCCAGGUAGAGUCGGAGGUGCCUACCGAGAUCACAGCACAUACAGCUCCAAGUCACAAUCAAAAGCAAAGAAUGUGUUGGAUUCCCAAGCUGAAGAUGUCAGUUCAGCAGAUGAGAAAAAGACAGGAUUUAAAGAUUUCAUAAAGCAGCUGCCUCGUCGUAACACCCCACGCCGCUCUGCCAAAGACCAUAAAGGCUCAUUGGAAAAGGACAGCAAGUCAAAAGCCUCACACCCCAGAGAUCAAACAGAAGAGGAUGUAAUUUCCCCCUCUUCAUCAGAAGGUGAGGAUGGUGAAAAGAAGCCAGAGAAGCUGAACCGAAAGAAGAUUAAAAAAAAGAUCUCCCAGUUUUUCAAGAAAAGGUUAGAGAAAGAGAAGGACAAGAACAAAGAGAGGCCUUCCACAUUGUCAAUCCAAAAAGGACCAGAACCUGUGCCAACCAUCCCCUCUCCUAAUCACCCUCCUGAGUUCUAUAAUGGGGUAGCACAGAAGCUGGAAAAGAUUGCCCAGAGGUCCUCUACUAAAAAGAAGCUGAGUCCCACAGCCCCACCUUCAUCAGCAGUGUGUGAUAAAGAGGCAGUGGUGCAGCAGCUGGUUCAGGUGUUGUCUUCGGAGGGGGAUUCAAUCAACACUAAGAUCGAGUCAGACCCCUUCCUGCGCUCCAGCCUAAGUCGUCUUUCUUAUGCAUCAUUUGCCAAGCUUCUGGAUGCUUUCAGCAGCAGUGAGGUAUUUGAGGCCCCAGCUCUGCCACCAGGGCCUAGUCCAACACUGCAACGUUUGGCUAUCACCAUGGAGGUAUCACGGCGAAUAGUGACAGCCACAGGAACUCAGCGCAUGCAAGGCUAUGCAGAGUGCUACAUGGACAACUUUGCCCCCUGGGUUAAGAGGCACGGAGGAUGGGAAAACGUGGCAGAAUUUGAGGAGCCUGCAGAGUAUGACUGACUGACUAACCUCAACCAACCGUUAUGACAUCAAAGUGAAGCGAUAGAUGGACCUUACUCCCACAGUCUCAUUUGGACCGUGACAAGAGCCAGUUCCAGAAGUUUCAGAUUUUUGUCAAUCUGAGAUCAGAAAGUAGUUCUCAGAAAAGGUUACAAUUUUUAAUGGUUAGAAGAAGAAGAAACAGUUUGUUAUUAUUGACUAGUAUAGAUUCUUUCAUUAAAAGUCCUCUCAAUCAGUUUGAGAGUGACAGCAGGUUGUAAUCUUGUUUCACUAGUGGGUGUUUUACAUUUGGACUGAAGGUCAGGCCUGCCCACAGGGAAUGUUAUUCUUUGACUCUGUUUGUACUCACAGAGGCAGAAGUUGGUAGUCCAGUUACAAGAACAUGAUACCUCAGCCGAUUUUUUGUCUCAGGGUAAUCAGCCCAUAAUUAAAUGUUAAAAAGGAAAAUGAAAGUUCAUUUGACAUUUGACAUUGUUGAGUUUGCCAUUAAAAUGUUUUGGCACUGUGACUGUAGCAGCUGCUAAUUUUUUCUUAUAAUAAGAGGCAGUGAUAGCUUGUUAAGGUCUCUCUCUCUCUCCAUAAAACUGGACAUUUGAUCUGGACAGAUUCAAUACAAUGUUGCUGUUAUUGUUUUGUUAAUUGGCUUCCCCACAAGAAAAAAAACACCCCCUCCCAAAAGCUACAGUGUAAUUUGAACCCUGCUGUGGACAGGCUCUGCUCCCCAAGCUGCUGCAGGACCACCAAUCUGCUG